AUGGAGCCGGACAGGCGGCUGACCAGCAGCAGCUUCGGCCAUGGGGGCAAAGGGCAGCGCUUCAGCCUGCAGCUGGUGGGCUCGCUGCCGGUUCACCAGCUCACCACCAUGCCCAUGCUGCCCUGGGUGGUGGCGGAGGUACGGAGACGGAGUGCCCGGGGUGCAGGGAGCCGGAGGGUCCGCUUGCAGGUCUGCCAGGGCUGGCUGCGGUGUGUGCCAGCGAGUGGGGGCAGCCCGGUGUUCCAGCAGCAAGCCCAGCACAUCUACAAACUGCUGCACUACAGCAGCGAACCCAACUACUUCGCCUAUCUAACCAGGAGCCAGGCUGGCCCGGAGCCCCAGCACAGUCUCUGCUUCGUAUUCCGAGCUUCUGAUCACACUCUGGUUCCUGAGAUCAUCAACACUAUCCGGCAAGCUGGGAAGACUGUACGGCAGGAAGAGACACAGAUCCGUGCACAUGACGAUGAUUCUUUUGCUCAGAAAUACGAAGUCCUGUUUGUCGGGAAGGUGACAGUGGCGCAUAAGAAAGCUCCCCCAGCUCUAAUCGAUGAAUGUAUUGAGAAGUUCAAUCACGUCAGGAAACACAACACCGAGUGCAGGAAAGGAGAAAUGGAGCAGAAGCGAACUGAAAGACCACGAGCUGAGCAUUCACGCUUCUUUACUUCCAAACUUCCAACGCCCUUAGUGCAAAAGAGGAACAAAUCUGCUCCCAAACUGACAAUUCAAGAUGAACUUCCAGUCACACAAUCCCAGAGCUGUUUAGAGAAAAGUGACUCACUUGACUUGAACAGCAGUUCAAACUGUGAUGGAGCAAAGAGUGGGGGCUUACUCGAGGCCAGGAAGCGUGCUGUCAGCGCACCAAAUAUUGUGCAACCUACUAAUGUGAAGGCGAAUAGGACCAUGCUGUUCACGAUUGGCCAAUCAGAGGUGUACCUCAUAAGUCCUGACACGAAGAAGGUGACGAUUGAGAAAAAUUUCAAAGAAAUUUCCUUCUGCUCUCAGGGAAUUAAGUAUGUGGAUCACUUUGGAUUCAUCUGCAGGGAGAGUCCAGACAGUGGAAGCUGCCAUUUUGUCUGUUAUGUGUUUCAGUGUACGAAUGAGGCGUUGGUCGAUGAAAUUAUGUUGACUUUGAAGCAAGCAUUCACUGCAGCUGCUGUCCAUCAAAACAUGAAGAUCCAAGCUCAACUGUGUGAGGGAUGUCCACUGACGUGUCUUCACAGAUUGUGUAAAAAGAUAGAGGGCCUACCCCCUUCAAAAGCAAAGGUGGAAAUUCAGAAACAUUUAUCAACAUUUGACAACAGAGAUCAAGGAUCAAUCUUCGAGGGAGUUCAGAAAAUGAAGCCAAAAAAUGAAUUGGAAGAAAAUGAACUGGUUCUAUCAAUGCUGCGACAGCUUUAUGAAGAGAAACAGAAGCUGCACACCCACAAUGGAGAUGCCAAGCAGACCCCACAAAGCUGCUCUCAGCCUUCAAAUAUGAAUGGACAGCAGUCUCUGUCCGGCCGCUUUAGACUGGACCAUCUCAAGACCAAGGCAAAAAAAUCAUUGGCUGAAUCUCUGGAGAAUAUUUUAUCAAUGGGAGGAUCUAGACUCAAGAGCCAAACAAUUGUUGAAAGUGCAGUGUCAGAAAAAACAAUUUUAAGUCUUUCAAGCUCCAACCUACCCAAGAGUGCUUAUUUGGAUGAGAGUGAUGACCAGGCACCUCCCAUUAGUCCUGUGAAGUCUCAUGGUUCCACGGGAGAUUUGUUGCAAGACCUAGAUAACAGCAUUGAAUCAACUGAGCCAGUAUUUAGACGGCGGGCCAAUACCUUCAGUUACAUGCCUUCCAGUGUUGAACAGCCGAAGCAGAUGCUGGACGAGACCCCAACCUUUCCCAAGCCGAAAUUGAUGAGAUAUCACUCAGUGAGCACAGACACACCACACAAACAAAAUGAUUAUGAAUCGAGGCCGAGCCCAUGCAGAGGGAGUAAUGGUCAUGGGAAUCUGAUCCGCAGCCGUCGACAAUCCUGGAGACAGCAGAUUUUCCUUCGUGUAGCUUCACCACAGAAAGGAUGUGAAUCCCCCUGCCGACAUGAAGACCAUUCAGAUGCUGGAGAGGCUACCUCAAGGACAUCUUUGGCAGCAACAUGUAAUGACAGUUACCUGGGAGCAGUUGCAGAGGAAAGGAAACGCACAUCAGGGGAGCUCCGAGAUUUAUGGAGAAAGGCCAUUCUUCAACAGAUACUGCUUCUGAGAAUGGAAAAAGAAAACCAGAAACUACAAGCUUCAGAAAGUGACCUGCAGAACAAGCGUCUGAAACUGGAUUACGAGGAAAUCACUUUAUGCCUAAAAGAAGUGACUCUGGUUUGGGAGAAGAUGCUCAAUGUGCCUGCAAGGUCAACAGUUAAAUUUGACAUGGAGCAUAUUCACGCAGCCAUGGGCCGAGGUGUACCCCGGCAACAUCGUGGUGAAAUAUGGAAACUUCUAGCCGAGCAACACCAGCUGAGAUAUCGUUUACCUGUAAAACAACAACCAAAGGAUACUCCAUACGAAGAACUGUUAAAGCAGUUAACGUCUCACCAGCAUGCAAUACUUAUUGAUCUGGGUCGUACAUUUCCGACACACCCCUAUUUUGCUGCUCCAUUGGGUGCUGGCCAACUCUCUUUAUAUAAUCUCUUGAAAGCCUACUCUCUGCUGGAUCCGGAGGUGGGCUAUUGCCAGGGCCUUAGUUUUGUAGCAGGAAUCUUGCUGCUACACAUGAGUGAAGACGAUGCUUUUCAUAUGCUGAAGUUUCUCAUGUACGACAUGGGCUUGAGGAAGCAAUAUCGACCGGACAUGAUUAUUCUACAGAUACAGAUGUACCAACUUUCACGACUCCUCCAUGACUAUCACCGCGAUCUGUACAGCCACUUUGAAGAGAAUGAAAUUAGUCCCAGUCUUUAUGCUGCCCCAUGGUUUCUCACCGUAUUUGCCUCUCAGUUUCCUUUGGGUUUUGUGGCCAGAGUCUUUGAUAUGAUUUUCCUUCAAGGGUCAGAGGUCAUCUUUAAGGUAGCCCUAAGUUUGCUGGGAAGCCACAAGCCACUGAUUCUACAACACGAAAGUCUGGAAUCAAUAGUUGACUUUAUAAAGUGCACUCUGCCCAACCUUGGACUCGUGCAGAUGGAAAAAACGAUUAAUCAGGUGUUUGAAAUGGAUCUUUCCAAACAGCUGCAAGCCUAUGAGGUUGAAUACCAUGUUCUUCAGGAUGAGCUAAUAGAUUCUUCAGCUGCCAUGAGUGACAACGAACGAUUAGAAAAAUUGGAAAAAAACAACAACAGCUUACGCAAGCAAAACAGUGAUUUACUGGAGGAACUUGAGGUCGCUCAUACAAAAAUUGAGAGCCUGGAAGCUACUGUAAAAGCCUUGCUAUCCAAUGAAGGAAGGUUGAAGCAAGUCAUUUGUACCUUAGAGCUGGAAAGAGCUGCACUCUUGGCUGCAGUUGAAGAAUUUCAAAAGCAGGUUCCCAGCACUGAACAUGCUGACAACAGAACACAGUCUGAAAGCACAAGAAAAUGAUUGUAAAAUCUGAUGCACUUUACAUAAGAGAAAACAGAUUGUUUUUAAAAAAUGAAUUAAUUAAGCAAAUGGAAUUUUCUGGUUCCUUCACAACAGUACGAUCCUUAUUUGGGUCUAUUCUAAGGCACAACAGUAUCCAGCAGUGUAGUGACAAUAUGAAUCACUGGAUCAUCACUGUUAAAGACCGAUCAACAAGAGAUUCCUUUCUCCAAGAAUUGUGGGAAUUUAUUAAUACCUAAUGGUUGCACCCUGUUUUUUUUUAAUAUAUAGACCAAGUCUUAACCAAUAGAUUUGGAUACAGUGUUUGAAGUGUUUGCCAUAGUAUCUUGUAUACAGAUACAGUUUAGAGUGAAACAUAUACUUGCAGCAAAUUGCUAAUGUCGAAACAUUUUGACCUACAACAUUACUUCUUGGAUGGUCACUCCAUUUCAGGUGAUAACAAACUAUUCCGAACUUCUUUUGGCCAUUAAUUGGGCAUUUUGCUUUACUUUCCAUAAUUCACUUCUGUAAGUAGUGUUCUUGUUUGUAGGAAAAGCAGGAUUUCAUUUUUACGUUUCUUACAAAAGCAUUUCUAUACUUUGGUAAUGUCUUUAGAUUGAUUCCAUCUGAUAUAAACCAUUUGGGCAAAUAAAAAACACAUUGGCCUAACCUACUGCAGCUCAGUUAAUCUGGAGCAAUCGCAUCACUGAGCAGUGACAAAAGAAAACCGAGAAGCAAGGAGAGAUCAGACUUCUCUUUGGUAAAUAUUGCUUUGUCAAAAUAUUAAAAGGAGGAUAGAAGAGGGAGAGACGGGGUCUUCGAGUUGGUGCUAAUAGGGUAUUAUGUGAACUUGUUUCUGGGGCCAUUAAGCAUAUUAGUGUAUAUUAAUGUCCCCAACAGUUCUAUUUCAGUAUUAUUUUUAAUAAACACUGCAAUUUAUUGAUUUUCUGUACUGCUGUGCUACCCCCAUGAGUCUGGGGUAUAAAUGGUCAAUGGGCAUCUGUGCAUUGACAGUUGUAACUCCCAAGUUACACCUGCUGACUUUACUUUAAAUCUGUGCAUCACACAGGCAAAAGUUGCACUGUGUUUUUAUUUUUUUUUAAAGAAUCUAGCCAAAAAGAAUUGUUAGGAUCACGUUGCUUUGGUUUUUCAUCUCUCUCUCUCCUGUCAUUCCAGUAUUGAAGUGGUGCAGUUGAACAGGGGGGGAAAAAAAAGGAAGAAUAAAUUACAUGAAUCAUUCAAACAAAAAAAGCUGUUGGCAUUUAUGCUGUUCCCCUAUACCUUUGAACACGUCUCCACUCAACAAUUACAAGUCAUUCUGGUUCUAGCUAUAAUAGUAUUAGUAGUGAAUCAUUGAAUCGUACAUCUUUGGCUCACUAAUAAAGUUGUCAGGAAGGCAAAGAGAAUUAGGAAAAGUGAGACACCUUAAAAAUGCUGAUUAGAUGAUUUUUAUAUUUUUGGUUAAAAAUAAAUAUUAAAUUCAUUUUGUGAACAAUAUUAAUACCAGAUUCAAAAAUAAAUUCAAAGCACUUCCAGAAAGUUACAGAUGUCAGUACAAAUUUAAAAAAAAAAUAUGGACAAGUAGAAAUUGCAAUCCAAAUUAAGUGGCAUUUUUAUAAUACUUGCAUAAUUAGUAAUAUUUGAUGUUAUGGAAAGUAGCUUCUUGUCCAUCUUUUGUCAGUGCCAGUAUGUUACCAUUAUGAAUAGAAAGUGCCCAAGAAAGGGGAAAAUGUUAACCAUGGUUGUGUGGCAGUUAUAGUUGUUGAUGACUUUCAUCAUGCUGCUGACAAAGCUGGCAUUAGUAUUUACAUCUGAUGAAAUUCUAGUACCAAAAGCAAAACACCAAAGGUGACAAUAUUUUUUAACAUGGAUUUGCCAUUCAAUAGGCAUUUCAUUUAACAAUGCAGUAUAUAGGUAUAUUGAUGCCAUUGAAUAGUGCUUGACAAUUGUUUGAGUUAUUGAAUGUGACCUUCUGACAACCAGUGAAAUGUGACGAGUGUGAAAAUGCUGAACGUCUGCUCAAUAGACUUGGAAAUCCAAUUAAGCAACACUGUAACCACAAGCUGACUUUUAUUGAAAAUCAGAAUUGCAAUACAUUACUUUUUUUUUCUGUAUUUAAGCCAAAUUACUUGUAAUUUUGGAAACAAUUAACGCCAUAUUUGGUAGGGGAACUUGCUUUAGACAGAACUGGUUUCUACCAGGUUAAAUGGAUUGCUUGCUGUUCUCCUUUCAUUCUUUUUCGUCCUUCACUAAGGAACUCCAGAGUUAAAGGCUGAAAGGACAUGUGACUUUUCUUUGUCUACUGAUCAUUUGGAUACUCUCUUUGGAUUAUUCAUAAAUCAAAUAGAAGAAGAAUGAUGUCAACAUAUGCCCUUUAAUUAGAUAAAUUGAACUGGUACAUAUCCCAGCUGCAUAUAUUUUUCAAUGAAGACUAUUUUGGAGGAAAUACAUGACAUUAGAAUUGGAUUGAUAGCCUAAAGGCGAUAAAAGUUCUUGCUAUCAUUACCUGAAGGAACUCCUUUAAAGCAAAGACAGUGUAGGUAUUGAACAUCAUUCCAAUGUUGAGAUUCCAGUGUAUUUGAACACCAGCAUAAUUAAUUGUGCUUUACACGUUCAUGUGCCUUCUUAGUAUGAUUCUGAUUCCUCAGUUGUAAAAUUGCAUAAUAGUGAGCCAAGCUAUAUGGCACCAGGAAAUGGUGUGCAUUAAACGGAUUGCCACAAAGCUGUGAUUUUUUUUUGUUAUCCAUUCAGUGAGUUUCUUUGAAUCACAACAGGUCACAGUGGGUCUCAGCUGGAUUUCUUUAUCACUAGCCAUACGCCAUAAAUUAGUCAAAGACUGUCACCGUCUAUUGUCUAUCAGCAAAUAAGCGACCAGCAUUAGUGUCAGAUUUAAAAUGUAACUCGAUGAUACCCACUGGUCUAAAAAGAAAAUUAAAUUUGGGUCCAAUUUGUAUUGAUUGAUAAUGCUCCUGUGAAAUUCAAGAUGGCUGGUAUAUGCCUCUCUCCCGCUGUUGGAUCUGCAGUAUUGCGUUUAACUUUAGUGUACUUCUCUGUUGAGAAUAGUCAUACAUUUCUACACUGUUACAGAUCCAGUAAAAGACCUUGACAAUUUUGGAAUGUUUACACUGCCAUCUCACUUUUUUUUUGUAAUCUGCUAUGUGGGCUCCAGUGUUUAAAAGUGGAAUGUUGCUGCUGAUUCUUUUUUAGUAGUAAUUAUAGAUGUUACGUCUGUGAUUCAUGGCAAACAUGCCCCUGUGCCUAACUUCAGAAACUCUAUGGGGUACGGCAAGAGGGAAAGAGAUGGAUGCACCAAAGGAAUUGGGCAUGUGCAGAAUUAGAAUAAAUUGCCAUUCCUGUUUUUAGUUUGAAUUUUUAUUUAAUAAACUGUUUUGAAUCACUGUAA